ACUUUUUUCGGCAGUCGUCUCUAACACUCGGAACUGCUCACUACGCUUGAGAUAGUGCUAUAUCGGUUGCACUUCUUACCACCAGAAGAAGAAAAAAUCACGGCGGUUCACCCACGAUCGCACGACGUUCCCAAGGCUAAUCUAUAGACAAAAAUUGAACGGUGCCGAAUUUGCGAACGUGAAAGAAUAGAAAGCUUUGGAAUUUUCGUUUUUUUACCAAUAAAAAAUACGAAUUGAGAAAGGACAAAUAAAAUAACUAGCAUAUUCGCGUGAGUGAGCGUUCGUCGCUGUCAUUGUCGUCGAGAAAUCUGUGUUUGGUAACCAGAAAGUCGCCUUCCUAAGCGAGCUGUGUGAAUCACGAGUGAAAAACAGUGGACAUUUUUUUUCAAGUUCAAAUUUUCACUUGCUGCUGCUGUUAGUGAAAUACAAGCGAUCGAAUCGACAUUGUGCGUGAAUAGAGGAAUAGUUGAAAGAGCCAUCGAAGUUUUGAUUGGCCCUUCCAAGGCCUACUUGCCGAAAGUGGAGCAAAAGCAGAUUUUUCACCCGCCACCAUUCCCUCGGCAAAGCAGUAGCUGUGUGUACUAUGGUCGUUCUAAAUUCAGACAGGUGUGAAGUUAAGUUGAUUGCAGUACUUUUUCCGAACUACUGAUUUCGACUUUGCUGCGACUGAUGGCGUAUUGGCGUGAACCUUCAUUGUACGCUAAGACAAACAUGCACCAGGGCACACACGGAAACAGUUUCGUCACUAAAUUUAUAUUGAUUUUUGCGUGAUCGUGUGUAAGUUCUCGUUGAGUGUUGGCAACGAGGAGAAGGAAAAGAGAAUUACACUGUGCACCUACACGGGAUUCGAAGCAGACUAAUAUGCCUGUGAUAUCAGCAUAUUCGACUAGUGGCAGUAGUUACAUCACUCCGUCGUACCGCUACAGAUCAAGUCUAACCGAUCGGAAGAGUUACACCACUAGUAGCACCAGUAGCAGCAUAUAUAGACGGAGUUUUCGCUAUGACCUACCGUCUACUACUUCGUCAGCAUAUUCGUCGUAUCGAUCGGACCGAACCGCAGAUACAGAACACUCGACCUCAUUAUCGACACUUGGUACACAAGAUUCUGCAGUAAGCUCUGUUGGCACAUCAACCAUAACUGCUAACAGCAAGGACACCAUCAGCAGACCCAGCCGUUAUUCGACAGCCUAUAGUUACGGUUCAUUCAGCCAAGCACCUAGCACCAGAGACUUCAGUAGUUCACGGGUUAGCUCACGACAAAAAGAUCGGGAAAACAACUGUUUGUGUGCCGGAGGAGCAGGGUCGUCAUCUAGCUACAUUUCGAAUCUUCGAAGUACCGCACUAAGCGGUGCCGAAAUCUACCAAAAGUAUAGCAUCUCGACCUACAAACCGAGCAGUUUUGAAUCACGGAUUGCGGCUCGAUCGCAACCGGAUAUACCGAAACCCAGUACCAUUCUGAGUGGAUCCUCACCAAAAGCAUUAUCUCCUGCGACGACAGCGUUGGAUGUUAGCAAGGUAAACAACACACCGGUAAAAGACAAAAACAGUAACAUUGACGCUGUAACCAUCGUCAGAAGUAACAAUAACCCUACUAACACUAGUGAAAGCAUUCCCGGUGUUUCUCCUCGUUUUGAAACUAACGGCAAGCUCGCGGCAACUAACAAUACCGACACUAAACCAGUAAGCCUGACAUGCCCAUUUAACGUCCGUUCCGAGACGCUCGCUAACUGCAAUUGCAUUACUGGUACUACAGUUGUUACCACUACCACCACCACAAUUACUACCACUACCUCCUCUGCAUCCGUACUACUGUCAUCAUCGUCAUCAUCUUCGGUGCUGUACGAAUCGACUGCUGCCAACCUUGACACUGCCCGAGUUCGCAAACCAGGUACUGUCCUCGCAGCGUUCAAGCAUCCGCGAGCCGAAUUUAGCGGUUCGCUGGCAAAGUUACGAUCUGGUGGCAAACCUCCAAUACAGAAAACUACAUUUACUAGCAACAGUUCGAUCGAUUUGUCUACAGCUGCUAGCGGGCGUAAGGAGGUCCUGGGACAGUCGACCUAUCGGAAUCAGAACUUCCUCAAAAACGAGUGCGAUCUGGUGAAACGCGAAUUAAGCAAAAGUGCAACCGAAAUUGCGUUCAAGAAAGGGUCGCACCCAUCGGUCAGUAAGUCCACCGGAAUUGGUUCGGCACUUAAUCGGGUGGGUGCCAGUGAGGGCGAUUCGAAAGAUUCUAACAGUAAUAAGCACCUUUCAAAACUGGAAGUUCCUAAAGUGAGACAGCUGUUACCACUAGUUUCUAGCUUUAAAUCCAGCCAGCCGAAAGAUCAUGAGGAUGAUGACAAGAAAAAUCACCCACAGUUUCAAAACCACAUGCCGAUCACCACUACUACCACCACCACAACCACCACCACAACUAGCAACAGUUCACAACCACUAGCAGCAGAGCAGUCGUCCACUACCAAAUCUACUUUCAGUGUGGAACUAAAACACAUCGAUCAACGAACUGCGUUGUCGAACAACAUUCCUCAAUAUACUCAAAGAAAUGAAACUUCUCUUUUCAAACCAUUUCUACCAUUGACGAAAACCACAACACGGACUACGACUACCAUCACAACCACAGAGUCGCUAACAACUGUCUGUUCGUCACCAUCAUCAGCCAGUAGCACGGCUUGUACUUAUACUACCAAUUCUCGUUCCGCCAACGUCAACACCAUGAAAUCGUUACACAUCACUUCCGAACUGGAGGAACCCGUCACGCAGGCCACGAUCAAAUUGCGGCCUUCGUUGAAUGGUACCAGCAAUGGUGGGUCCGGUUACGGUAACCGCUGCAUGGCAACCGCCUCGGUUACGACGGACGAUAUUGCCGAUUUCGAUUACCAUAAUGUUACCGCUACUAUACGAAUCAAACCAAAGUCUAGCAUAAACCAUAGCACAAGCAGCAGUAGUAGUAGUAGUAGCAGUAACAGUAGCAGUAGCAGCACCACCAGCAUUAACAACAACCACAACAACAACAACAACAAUGCAAAUGACGAUGAUAGCAGCAGUGAUGAGCAGCAUGGUAUUCCCAAUGGAAUCAUCGGCAGUAGUAAUAAUAAUAAUAAUGGUAUAGAAAACUGCGACAACAACGACGAAGACGACAUCGAUGAAGUCCUAGCGUCUGCCACCACCAAAGACUCCAACUCAGUGGACAAAGAACCGAAAGCUUACGAUGAUGAUAAAAAAAUUUCUUAUUUGCGUGCUGGUACAGCAUCGAAAAGCAUUCACUCGACCAGUCCGGUGGGCUAUCGAAGCCGUGACAGUGAUUCUGGCCUGAGCAACUACCGGUCGGGAUUGAGUGGCGCUGUCCCGUCGUUGGGGGUGCAAAAAUCCUUUAACAAUGAACGAACCAACGGUGAGGAACCUAGCGAUAGUCUUGCUCGCGGUGGUAGCCGAAAGGAAGGUCUCUGCGGACUCUACAAUAUCGGUAAUACAUGCUUCAUGAACUCUGUGAUACAGUGCCUAAGCCAUACUAAGGAGCUGACGAGCUUCCUACGAACUCAACCGACGGCAGCAGAGCGGGGAACUGUCAAAGAUCACAAGAUUCUUGCCGAGUACACCAAACUGAUCAAAGACAUGUGGAACGGAACCAACCGAAGUGUGAAUCCUUCGGAACUAAAGUAUGCCUUCUCCAGCAAGCAUCGGAUGUACUCCGGUUCGGCACAACAGGACGCCCAGGAGUUUCUACGAUUCUUUAUCGAUUCCCUCCAUAGUGCGCUGAAUGUUUCAGUCAAACGGGAACCCAUAUCCAGUGCAAUCGAAGAUGACGAUUUAAACAAUCGCAUCAAAGCCGACAUGAUGUGGGAAUGGUACUCCAAGGUGGAGAAUUCUGUCAUCAAAGACCUGUUUGUCGGUUUGUUGCGUAGUACUCUGAAGUGCACGGUCUGCAACAGCUGCAGUGUGACUUUCGACCCCUUCUGGGAUCUCAGUGUACCACUUCCAUCUACAAACUCACGUUGCAAACUGGAGAAUUGCCUAGACGCGUUCGUCAAGGAAGAAGUUAUGGACGGAAUUGAUCAGCCGACCUGCUCCAAAUGCAAAACGCGUAGGAAAUGCACGAAAAGCUUCACAAUAGAACGGUUCCCCAAAUAUCUGGUCAUUCAUUUGAAACGCUUCUCGGAGACUAGGUGGAGCAAGCUAACCAAUGUGAUUGAAUUCCCAACCGGCGAACGUGAGCUGAACCUGCAGCCCUACGCUUCCGAAGACAAUACGGGACCGGUGUACUAUUCACUGUACGGUAUCUCAAACCAUAUGGGAUCCACUGCUGGCGGUCACUACGUUGCCGUUUGCAAGCAUCCAGUCAGCAAAGAGUGGCAUGAGUUCAAUGAUAACUUUGUGAGUGACGCAUCCGAGCGAAGUUUGGUGACAUCCAGUGCCUAUGUAUUAUUCUAUGAGAGAGCGUGAAUUGUCUGAAUCUUGAUACUCGAUACUGAUACAUAGAAAGAUAGAAAGAAAAACUAUAUACGAAUUUCACAGAAACAGUUGUAAAUUACGAAUAUUUCGAGGUAUUGUUACAGUAGACUGUGAUCCUUAUACAAACCAUAAAAAAAAGCAUUUUUUGUCACGGAAUAUUUUCAAAGCAUUCAAACAAAAAUUAAAAAGGCCAUAUCAGGAAAAAAACUCAUACCACCAGUGUUGCGCUUAGUCACUAAAUUCUUUGUAGCACUGGAACUUCAUAUGUUCCGAUAUCGGAUGGAAUACAGCAGAGUCAUCUGUAACAAUACAGCGAUUUAGUUAUCCUACUGAAGUUAAGAGACUUAAUGCGACAAGAUUGAGCUAGUUUGUUCCGACCAGUGCAGUUACAAUUAUUGUGCAUAUUGCCAGGGCUUUGCGAAAUUCUCAGUAACGCCGUAUACGGCCGUAGUUAAGAUCCAAACACGAAAAAGUCGAAACUCAACAAAGUAACGAAAAAAGAUGACUAGAUGAAGAAGUACCCGAAAUGAACGCGGGAACAGUUAAUCGCAAAUGACAGAGGAUUAGAUUUGUAAUAUUUAUUUUACUAUUUAUUGUAGAUACAGAACAAUAUUUAUAUCUAGUGUAAGGUGUUGAGAUGAUAACCAAAAUUUUAGUUGUUGACCAUAUUUGUUUUCAGUGCUACUCUCAAACAAUAAAUGCUGCAUCUUUUGUUUUCAGAUAGACACAAAAUGGCGUCGAUUGUUGUGUUUUAUUCUUCCAGAUCCCUAACAACAGCCCUUUCUAACAGAUUCUCGACUUCUCACCACUGUUCGAGAGAGCGAGUAACAAAUAUAUGAAAACACAUGCAGUAUUCGGCAAUGAAAAUAAAAAAACUCGCGAUAAAACAGACGCCUUUUCCGUCCCACUAAAUCAAUGUUGCGUUGUGUUGAAAUGAAUAAAUGAAUAAGCAGAAAUACCAAA